AUGAAUGGUGAGGAUGUGAGGCGUAGGACAGAGCUCUGCUGCAUGUAUGAUGGUACUGUUGGGGCUCUGUGUGAAGGCAGGAAGCCCUACUGCAAGUACAAACACAAGACACGUGACAUCAGGCCUGGUGGGGACCAGCAUGUAGCUGCUGGGUAUCAUGAAGGAGCCCGUGAAGCCUUUAAAUCACGGGCUAUGGCAGCAGACCCAGACCAGGUCCUGAGCUUGAACACCAGAAGCUCACUAACGCAAGAUACAAUGCCCCACUCCCUGAAGUACUUCUACACUGCCUCCUCCCACGUGCCCAACUUCCCAGAGUUUGUGGGUGUUGGGAUGGUUGAUGGUCUUCAGAUGGUUCAUUAUGACAGCAACACUCAGAGAGCAGUACCCAAACAAGACUGGAUGGACCAGGUCACAGCAGGUGACCCACAGUACUGGGAGAGGCAGACUAGAGGUUUGAUGAAUACCCAGCAGCUCUUCAAAACCAACAUUGAGACUGCGAAGCAGCGCUUCAACCAAACUGGAGGCGUCCACAUCUUUCAGGUCAUGUAUGGCUGUGAGUGGGACGAUAAGACUGGAGAAGUUAAUGGAGAUGCUCAGUAUGGUUAUGAUGGAGAAGACUUCAUCGCUCUGGACCUGAAGACAAAGACAUGGAUCGCUCCGAGACCACAGGCUGUCAUCACCAAGCUGAGAUGGGAUCGAGACGGAGCUCUGAUAGCUCAGAAGAAGAACUACUUCACCCAUGUGUGUGUUGACUGGCUGAAGAAGUAUCUGCAGUAUGGGAGCAACCGUCUACUGAGGACAGUCCCCCCCUCAGUGUCUCUGCUCCAGAGGUCUCCCUCCUCUCCAGUCACCUGCCAUGCUACAGGUUUCUACCCUGACAGAAUCGUGAUGUUCUGGAAGAGAGAGGAGGAGGAGCUCCAGGAGGAGGAGGUGGACCAUGGUGAGCUCCUCCCCAACCACGAUGGAACCUUCCAGAGGAGCGUUCACCUUCUCGUUGACCUUUCAUCAAUGAAGGCUGAGGACUGGCAGAAGUACCACUGUGUGGUUCAGCUUUCUGGGAUGAAGGAUGACAUCAUCACCAAACUGCAUCCAUCAAAGAUCAAGACCAACAGGAAAGAUCCUGUCAAUACCAUCCCCAUCAUCAUUGGAGUACUUGCUGCUGUCAUCGUCAUCAUCAUCGCAGUCAUUGGUGCCAUACUGUACCAGAAGAAGAAAGCCAAGCGCCCUCCACCUUCUCCUGACAGCAGCUCUGAGCUGCUGAGCUCCUUUGAGAAAUUGAACCCCGGUGCUUCACACUGAACUAAGUCUGAGGACAUGUUGGGGAAUCAAGCAGGAAGGAGCCCUCUCAAAACUUGCAAUCCAAAAACUAGGGCCAAUUCUGCAGUUAAAAAAAUGGUUGAGAAAGUAAAACUGCAGAUUAAUAAUGCUUUGUGUAAGAUCGCUGACUGAAGAAGGCAGUGAAUGUGGACUCAUUAACAUGGUGUUGGAGUGAAACUCCAGUGGUAGUUUAAACCAGUGAGCUGCAGUAAAUUGUGUGUACAGAUCCUUUUCCUAAUCCCCCUCCCACACAUCACAUGACUCCCCUGCAGACGACAGGUUAGAACAGCAGCAUGAAGAAAGAAGUGAUGGAAUAUCAAUACUCUCUACUUAGAGGAGGAGGGGCGCACUAUUUGUCUCCAGAUGAAUUCAUAAAAGCUUCCCCGUUUGUCAACACAAUGAAACCCCUCCCAAAACACAACUAGCACACACACACACCUUUAGCCUCCCCCGUGACAUCCUCCCCCUUCACUCCACCCUUCAGGGCACCACCUCUGUGAUGGGUUGUUGUGCAGCAUCAUGACGUCCCGUCUUUUCCUCCACAUGUUCUUCUCAAAGCUCUGCUUGCAGAAUGGACACGUCCUCCUGAUGCAGCAUCCGUCUUUGGAGCAUCAGCAGGUUGACCUGUUGUACGCGUGUUGUGUUUUCUCUCUGCAGCAGAUUGUGUGGUUAAAAGUUGUAGGUUGUUGUUACCCUCAUACUGCUUCUGCUAAGUGACGGGUAGUGUGCAGGAUGUGUGUUUCUGGGCUGUAGCUGAGCUGGUAGAGAAUUAGGUUUGAUUUGCUGGAUAUUUUUCAUGUCCUGUAAGAUGUUAUCUUGAUUUAUCAUAACUUGGUUGAAGGGGUUUGGUUCUUUGUUGCUAUGUGUGACCAUAUUUACAGAAUAUAUGCUACAGAAAUGUUUGCUGUUUGCUUUGCUGAGAAAUGCUUUUAAUGGGGGGUAAACUGCCUUAAACUGCUGGUUUCUGUGAAAUAAAGUCCUCAACAUGU